GCCACGACUCUCUGUAUUCUUCCUGCCUUCAACAAAAUAUGGCUCAGUGACCAUCAAUCAUGUCAGACGGUGAUCAAGUAGCUCCGAAUGGUUCCGGAGUACAUUCUCUGCCCAACGAAAUGCUCUUGAAGAUUUUCAAAACUACGUCCGACCUCCCGCUUUCUCCUCCCAGCUCUCGGCCCCAUCUUCUCGCCCUCUGCGGCGUUAGUCGCCAUUGGAGGAAUCUGUGUCUGAAUGAUCCAGAGUUUUGGACCAUUAUUGACAUACCAUUUCACCAAGCGCACGUCCAGGAUCCAGUUGAAUGGGCAUCAGUCCGGCUCCAACGGUCGAAAUCGUGCCUUUUCGAUGUCGUCCUGAAGGUUUCGUCCGCACAAGACACGGCAAUCGGGGAAUCUACGCGCCAGGUUAUACAACUCGUGGCUAAUCACGUUAGUCGCCUUCGACGGCUAUCUGUAUCGGCACCGUCACUGCAGUACCAAGGUAUCGACUUCCUCUCCCCCCUCAAACCUCUUUUGGCUCCGGCUCUCACAGAUCUGGAGAUUUUCCUCUAUGAUUACAGAAGAUUCGCUUCCGAGCUUACGACCAACGGCAGGUACAAUCUUUUCGUGCAUGGUGUCCCUCGGCUAUCUCACCAGCGGCUCCUCGGAACCAAUCCCCUUUGCCCCCUUACGCAUCUCAGUUCGCUCGACAUCUACCGUGUGUCGAUAUCCCCAUUGACGUGUAAAGCGCUCUUUUCAGAGUGCCCGGCAUUGAAGACUCUCGUCCUCCGAGGCGUGUGGCCUCUUGACGAAAGUACUCGGCUUGACACGUUACCGGAAGUUGAGGCCCCGUCUCUCCUUUCCCUAACCUUCGGUCAGAUUCGUUCCCAUACCGCCAACAUUUCCAUCUUGUCCAUGCUUUCAUGCCCCAAUCUCGAAUUUCUCGAGCUUCGCGGUCCUGCCGCCGGCAUCCCGCCUUCCUUCGUUUUAGGGCUCGUCAAGCUGCGCACUCUUCGUUUCACGGAGUGCUCCACUCUCGUCAGUUCCCGUAGUGGACGGCUGAUGGACUUUUCCGCACUACAUGCCCUUCCCGCAGUAGCACACGUCCAAUUCUAUCACUCCGCUUGCGAAGACAUUCUCCCCAUUGGAGACCCACGGCCUCUAACCUCUCGCAGAAGACUUUCUAUCGGUUCACAAGCUAUGGCACUCCGUAGUGCGGAAGGUAGGAGGAACGCCGAUAGGGACACCCUCGGUAUCAUGCGAUCUCCUCCUGGAGAGCAAGCGAAUUCGGGGACGCCGUCCGCGAUCUGGCCAAAUCUCCAAAGUGUAGUGGUAGAUUCCAUACGUCCCAAAGAUGUGCAGUGGUUGUGUGAUCUAGUCCACGAUCGCCAAGGAUCAGUGAAGACGAUCAAGUUAUCGCAUUCAGCGAAGCGGCAUCUGACGGGAAGCCUAAUAAUGCAGGGAGAUGAGCCUGAUGUCAGGUUCCUCUUGGCGUCAACUGUGUUCUGGAAACAUAAACCGGACCCGGGUCAUAUCGGUGUGGAUAAAUGGAUGGGGAUCCAUGUCGAGGUUCGAGAUAUAGGAAGCGAGGAUAUGUUAGGCUACGUACCCUUGGAUUCCGAUGGAAUAUAGAUGUUCCUGUAUAGCAAAAACCCCUCUUCGUAACUCAACUGUACGAAAACUCUGAUGCAUUCGAGUCAAUUUAUGUUGAUGAUUAGGGCCGCAGCCUUUUCCAUCAGCAUCACGCUCGAGACAUCAUUUUUUGCAAUCAAACUUGGCGUAACAAAUGCGGUAAGUGGCGGAAAGGCCGCUGGAUACUGAUUUUGCACGGUGUUGCAUAUGGAAGUGAUCUACCAUUGACGUCAGUGCAAGCGAGGCGCUAGCAGGGACGGAAUUAGAUGCAUUCUAAAAACAGCCAUCUAUUUUUGCCUAUCCGCAGUCCUGCCCUCACUUCAGCUUAGGUACAUUCAAAGCGAAAUACUUCUCCUGGCACAUCUGGUCGUAAUCCUGCAUUCAAUACUAUUCAAUACUUCAGUUUUCUGUGGGCCGAUCAGCGUGAGUACUACUGAAGCCGGACAAUUCAUAUCCCCUGAAUCUUUUUUACCUUCUAAUACAAC